AUGGCUGCCCUGAAGGACAAGGACCAGAAGGAGUGGAAAGCUGAUGCUUGGAAAGUUCCAGGGAGCCCCCUAGGCCCCGGGGAGGGGGUCAGAGUGUUCUUCCACGCCAUCCUUUCCAAGGACUUCGGCUUCGACCCUGACCAGCACCAGAUAUUUGUCCGGGGUGGAGAAGAGCUGGGGAAGCCAGAAUGGAACGUCAACGUGUGCGAGCUGCACGUCACCAAACCCUUAGAACAGGUCGGGGCCCUCAUUGAAGGCUGCACCAUCCUUUCCAAGCGGCUCCUGGACAGACCCGUUCCAUACAAGUAUGUGGUCAUAGGUAACAAAGACUCUAUUCAGGACAAGGAGAGCGAGGAUGUCAACCGCUGCCUGCACCUGAAGUCGUCGCUGCUGGGCUCAGGAGACUGGCAUCAGUAUGAUGACAUUAUAUGCAUGAAGUCCACUGGAAUCACGGAGCAAGUCCUGAAUUAUGUCAAGGAAUGGGUGGGGAAUGAGGUGGUAAAAAAGAAGCUGGCGGCCUCCAUCAUGCUGGACCGUGUCCUCAGCAUCCUGCAGACGUGGAGCACCAUCAACUUGAACAGCUUCUUCAUGCAGUUCCGCCAGUUCUAUUCUGUCGUCAGUGAGCGCAUGGUCUACAAGGAGCAGGUGGGGAAAUACCUGUGGAAGUGUUUGCAAAAGCACAUGGCACUGUUUCUGGAGAAGAGCGAAGACCCUCUGCCCACGGACUUUCCCGUGAGGAGUAAACUGAGAAUGGGCCUGAUCGCCCUGCACGUGGCCGAGGAGCUGAAGCUUUCUCUCUCCAAGAAUGACCUGGGCACCCUGUGUGGCCUCCUGUGCACCAACGCCCGUUCCCCCGGUGACCUCUACGACGACCUCAGCCUCAUCUUUAGCACAUCUCAGAGGUGGCAAGACUACCUGGUGAACCUGUGUGGAAGGAGCAUGGACCAGGGGGUGGACCUCUGGGUGGGCACCCUGCCCGUGCUCCACCUCUGCAUGGGGCCACUCCUCCCAGGACGGGAGCCCAGGAUUCAGCCUGAGAACAUCUGGGCAGCCCUCGAAGGAAUCUCUUUCUCGGAGUUUCGGAAGAAAAGGGCACAUGAGAAGCGAUUACUCCAGCUCAUGGUAGAGAAGAAAUACCUGCUGAGUGUGGAUGAAGACCUGUUCCGGUCCUGGUUCAGUCUGCUGCCUCUGAGCAGCCUGGCUGCCUACCUGCAGGAAUUCUCUGACUACCUGACUCGCUUUCCAGCGCAUGUCCUAGACUGUCUGCUGGGGACCUACUACCGGCUUCAAGGACUUAAGGAUGUCAACAAAAACCUGGAGGUCCGUCACCUGCAGCAGGACAUUGACAAAACUUUAAAAAUGCUGCUGCACCUGCUGGUUACCUUUCAGGACAAGGUUCUCCAGGAGCCCUUGGUGCCGUCCUACCUGACCGUGUGCCUGAAGCUGCACGAGGCCGUCUGCGAACUCACAAAAGGCCUGAUGACUCACGAGCUGCUCGCCUUAUCUGCCGAGAUCGUCUGCAUCAUCAUCAGGCUGAAACCUAUAGUGGACUCCGAGGAAGGGCCAGGAAGUGACACUGGAAUGAGGACCUCAGUGAGGAGUGUGGCCCAGGGAGCCCUCGCUGCCACGAGAGCGUGGUUUCGGGGAACCUUCAAGCAGAGCAUCUUCUGCAAUUCAAAUGACUCUUCUGUCAGGUUCACCUACAGCAAGGAGAUCCAGGUGUGGCAGCAGCUGGUGGAGAUCCGCUUCCCCGAGGAACACGGCUGGAAGGAGUCCUUGCUGGGGGACCUGGAAGGAAGGCUCAAGCAGGAGAGGCCGCUCUCUCAGAUCUCCGCCUACUGCAGCACUGGCUGGGCAGCUGCGGGCGCCGAGGACAGCGUGUCCAAGUGCUUCGAGAAAUGUGCCAUUGAAGCUGUAGGCUUGGCCUGCCAGCCACAGACCAGCAUUCUGGAGGGACUCUCUCAGAGCAACCUGCAGAGAUUCGGGAUCCUCGCGUCCGCUGUGGUCACCAAGUCCUGGCCCAGGUGCAACGGGGAGGCCGUGGACGACUUGGCUGAGGUUCUGAAAUACCUACUCACGUGGCCAGACGUCAAGCAUCUCUUCAAACUGUACAGAACCGACGAGAAAAUACUAGCGCACAUCACGGAGGAUGGCAAGAAGCUGAUGGCCACGGCAGACUCGGUCUUCACCAAGGUGGCCGAGGCCCUCCUCAGCCGCACGGUGUUGGUGGAACAGCUGCAGCUGAUCAGGAAUCACAUGACUCAGUUUCUUGACAUCUGGGAGCUGAGUGAAAAAAGUCUUUCACCCCAGGAGGAAAAAUACGAUAUGAAGAACGUGCUGGACUCCAGGUGGAAAGAACUACAAUUUCUACAGAAAGAGCAGAGCCGGGUGGACAGUCUUCUGAAGCUGUGCGAGGGGGUGAAACACUGGGUGAAAGUGGACUGCAGAAAGAUUGCUGAGAAACACGCAGAAGACCUGGGCAGGAAAUGCCUAAAUGAGGUCGUGAUGGCGAGUCCAUCCCCCACCUCCUUAGACAUGGAGUGGGUAACGCACUACAACCUGAGCGCCCACGUUCAAGAAAUGGCCACAACAAUAGACUUGCUCAAGGACAGUCACAUCUUCUGGACCUUCUGGGCAGAGGCCGCCCGGGCGCUCCUUCCGCCAGAGGAGGAGGAGGCACAGGGAGGGCCGCUUGUGGACAUUGAAGAUAUGUAUGAUGACCUGUACCUUCCUUGCUUCAACAAGUUCAGGAAACUGUAUGAGGACCUGAGGUCGGGCGAGCUCACCUUUGGGGAAGUGCACACUAUCUUCGGCGUCUUUGUGAAUAAAUACGAGGAACUCACCUUUGACCUCAGUGUCAUGUGUGCCCUGGACCCCAGUGACCCAAGGGAUUGGAUCCAGGAGCGAAUGGAGCAGGUCAGGGAAUACCACCACCUGCAUCUGUCUGCCAAGGCAGCCAAGAUCAUCUUGGAGGUCAAAGAGACCUUGGGCCUGACCGGGGACUUCAGUCUUCUCCACUUUGUACUAAGAAUCACCGAAGCCUCUGAGAACUCUCGCCAUGGAAAACUGGGCCAGAUCGACAGGCAGGUCAUCAGUGCCAACAAGCUGCUGCGGCACCUGGACGAGGCCCGGUGCCAGUGUCUGCUGGAGCUGGCCCUGGCCAGGGAGUUCGUCCACUGGGUCCGGGAGGCUGUCAAAGGCAUCAACGAGCUGAAGGUGUUUGUGGACCUGGCGUUCAUCUUCGCGGGGGAGAAUGACAUGGACAUGGACCGCGUAGCCUGCUUCCAUGACGCCGUCCAGGGCUACAGCUCUCUGCUCUACAAGUUGGACAUGAGCACAGAUUUCCAUGCAUUCACGGGACACCUGAAGGAGCUGUGGAAGGCUCUGGAAAACGACCCACACCUGCCCAGUAAACUGCGAGACUCUGCUAGGGACUUGGGGUGGCUGAAGCAGGUGAAGGAGAGCCACGGCUCAGUAGAGCACUCGUCGCUGUCACUGGCCAGAGCCAUCAACAGCAGGGGCAUCUAUGUGAUCCAGGUGCCCACUGAGCUCCAGCAGAUCUCCCCAGACACUGCUCUAUAUUUGCUCCUCCCCGAGAGCAGUGCGGAUGGCCAGGAGCAGCGCAGGUGCUCCCUGGAGGAGCUGAAGGGGCUUCUGAACAAGUUGAUGCUCAUGUCUGGCAAGAAAGACCACCACAGUGCCGAGGCGCAGGUGUUCUCCGAGGUGUUCUGCAACGUGCAGAGGCUCCUGCAGGCCUUCCUGAACCUGUAUUCUGCUGGAAGCUUCCUGUUCCGGGCCUGGAAGGUUGAGGUGCACUGCUGCCCGGGGCUGGCCGAGCCCGUGCAGAUGAACUUUGGGCUGCCACUGCUGGAGCCGCUGCAGGGGCACGCGCCCCUGGUCCCUCUGCUGGAGGCGCUGUGCAGGCAGAUGGAGCACUUCUUGGGCCAGUGGGAGGGGUUUUUGGCGCGGAAGCGAGCAGAGCACUUUCACCUCAACUACUACACAGCGGAGCAGCUGGUGCACCUGAGCACAGAGCUAGCCAGGCAGCCGCCCGGCGCCCGCGCUGCUGUCCUUGCCAUGCUGUCCUUCGUCAAACGCCAGUGCACCCCGCGGGAUGUCGUGGAGGCCUUCAGGGGCCCAGAUGACGAUGGAGAUGGCGAUGGUGAUGGCGGGACCUCCAAGCAGGAGCUGCAGACAGUGAUGGAGAGAUUGCCCAUCCUGCUCCUCAGUGAGUCCGGCCUGGUGGACAAGCUGGGGGUCAUCAUGGAGCAGUUCCUGAGGUGCACGCGUGCCUUCCUGCCCCACUGCCUGGACCUGGAGGCCUUGGGCCGUGGCCUGGCACGCCUGGCAGCCAGGGGCGGGCCUCCCGUGAUGCGGGGACUCCCCAAAGGUCUGCAGGCCGGCCAGCCCAACCUCAUCGUCUGCGGCCACUCGGAGGUGCUGCCGGCCGCCCUGGCCAUCUACAUGCAGAGCCCGGAGCAGCCGCUGCCCACCUACGACGAGGUGCUGCUGUGCACGCCAGGUACCACCUUCGAGGAGGUGGGGCUGCUGCUUCGCCGCUGCCUGAGCCCGGGCGCCCCUGGCCGCCGCGUGUACAGCCUGCUGUUCGCGGACCAGCUGAGCUACGAGGUGGCCUGCCGGGCGGAGGCGCUGCUCCGGGCCCUGCGCACCUGGCCGCACCGGGAGGACUUCCAGCUCGUCCUGGUCUGCGACAGCGAGCGGGAGCACUGCUACCUGCCCUCGGCCUUCAGCCAGCACAGGGUCCCUGCCAUCCCCCGGGCACCCCUCGAGGCCGCCCGGGCCUACCUGGCGCAUCACUACCAGGUCCCAGAGGGGACCCCGUCGGCCGCCGCCGCCUUCAGGGACCGGAUGUGUGUGGGGAUCGUGGCCUCGGCGAGAGCGGGUGUCGGAAAGUCUCUCUACGUGAAGAGAUUGCAUGAAACUCUGAAAAUGAAGUUUACUGGAAAAAACGUGCCUCUCAAAAUUAUUCGACUGAUUGACCCUCAGGUAGAUGAGAACCAGGUCCUGGGCUCCCUGCUGCCUUUCCUGGGCGCCGAGUAUCAGACGAGCCCCGUGAUAUUCCACCUGGACGUGACCUCCUCGGUGCAGGAUGGGGUCUGGGCAUUUCUCUUCAAGCUCCUGGUGCUACAGUACUUAAUGGACUCAAACGGGAAAAUGUGGCUUCGGAGCCCGUGCCACUUAUAUGUCAUCGAAAUCCUGGAAGGGCAAUCGGCGCUGCCUACGAGGUCUUCAAAGUUGAGGACACGUGUCCCCCCGUUCAGUCUUCUUGACAUCUUCCCAAAAGUCACCUGCAGGCCCCCCAAAGAAGUGAUCUACAUGGAGCUGAGCCCUGAGCGGCACCUCGAGGAGCCGGGCAUGGACCCCACAGAGUUCUGCAGCGAAACCUUCCAAAGACCUUUCCAGUAUCUGAAGCGGUUCUAUCAGAAACAGAACCUGGACACGUUCCAGUACCAGAAGGGCCAGGUGGAGGGCACCCCCCAGGAAUGCCUGCAGCACCUGCUCUUCUACUGCGGGGUGCUUGACCCCUCCUGGGCGGAGCUCCGCAACUUCGCCCUCUUCCUGAACUGCCAGCUCAGGGACUGCGAGGCCUCCACUUUCUGUGACCCCGCGGUGGUUGGGGACAUACUGAGGGGCUUCAAGAAUUUUGUGGUGACGUUCAUGAUUUUCAUGGCGAGAGACUUCGCCACCCCAACGCUGUGCAUGUCGGAUCAGAGUCCCGGGAAGCACGUGGUCACUAUGGAUGGGGUCACUGAGGAGGACAUAGCCCCGUUCUCUCUCCGCCGGCGGUGGGAGUCAGAGCCACACCCAUACCUGUUCUUCAACGGGGACCGCACGUCCAUGACCUUCAUUGGCUUCCACCUGGAGCCCAAGCUGAAGGGCACUUUGGAUGCCAUCGACCACGUGAGUAAGAAAGUGAUCAAGAAGGAUGUCAUGAAUAAGGACCUGUACCGGGUGCUGCUGCGGCAGGGAGUGCCCUUCAACGUGGAUUUUGACGCGCUGCCCCGGCCCGAGAAACUAGAGCGGCUCUGCCUGGCACUGGGGAUCCAGCAGCCCAUGGACCCUGACAACACAUACGAGCUCACGACGGACAACAUGCUGAAGAUCCUGGCCAUCGAGAUGCGCUUCCGGAGCGGAAUCCCCGUCAUCAUCAUGGGGGAGACCGGCUGCGGGAAGACCCGGCUCAUCCGCUUCCUCAGCGACCUGCAGCGCGGGGCCUCCAAGGCCAAGACCCUGCAGCUGGUCAAGGUCCACGGCGGGAUGAGCGCGGACAUGAUCUACAACAAAGUCAAGGCGGCAGAGGCCCUCGCCCAACACAACAAGAGCAAAUACGGGCUCGACACCAUCCUAUUCUUUGAUGAGGCCAACACCACGGGCGCCAUCAACUGCAUCAAGGAGGUCCUGUGUGACCACAUGGUAGGCGGGCGGCCGCUGGCGGAGGACUCUGGCCUCCACGUCAUCGCGGCCUGCAAUCCUUACCGGAAGCACUCCCCAGAGAUGAUUGCCCGCCUGGAGGCUGCUGGGCUGGGCUACCGGGUGCGUGCGGAGGAGACGGUAGACCGGCUGGGCUCCAUCCCGCUGCGGCAGCUGGUGUACCGUGUCCACGCACUGCCACCGAGCCUGGUGCCCCUGGUGUGGGACUUCGGACAGCUGAACAACACCACGGAAAGGAUGUACAUCCAGCAGAUCGUGCGGAGGCUGGUGGACACCACCACAAUUGGCUCAGACAAGAUGUGCGUGAUCACCAACGUGCUUUACACCUCCCAGUGCUUCAUGCGGAGAGGAGAGAAUGAGUGCAGCUUCGUCAGCCUCCGGGAUGUGGAACGCUGCAUGAGAGUCUUCUGGUGGUUCUACGACCACAGCAAGAUGCUUCUGUCCAAGCUGGACACCUUUCACAGCAAGCCUGGUGACAGCCCCGACAACUCCAAGAGAGACCCCGUGCUCUGGUCCCUGGUGCUGGCCGUUGGGGUGUGUUACCACGCCUCCCUGGAGAAGCAGGACGAGUACCGCAGAGCCAUCUGUGAGCUCCUCCCGCUGCCCUAUGACAACAGCAAGACCAUACUGGACACGAUUGUGCGGACGCAAGACCUCUUCUUGGAGAGCGUAUCUCUGAGGAAAACCAUUGCCAAGAACUUAGCCUUGAAGGAGAACUUCUUCAUGAUGGUCAUCUGCAUUGAGCUGAAGAUCCCACUCUUCCUGGUGGGGAAGCCUGGCAGCUCCAAAUCUCUUGCCAAGACCAUCAUGGCAGAAGCCAUGCAAGGCCCAGCCGCCCCCUCGGAGCUCUUCCAGAGCCUGAAGCAGGUCUACCUGGUGUCGUUCCAGUGCAGCCCACACUCCACCCCGCAGGGUAUCGUGGGCACCUUCAAGCACUGCGCCCGCCUGCAGCAGGGCCGGGACCUGGAGCAAUAUGUCUCUGUCGUGGUGCUGGACGAGGUGGGCCUAGCCGAGGAUUCGCCCCAGAUGCCUCUCAAGGCCCUGCACCCGCUGCUGGAAGACGGGUGCAUUGAAGAUGACCCCGCUCCCCACAAGAAGGUGGGCUUCAUCGGCAUCUCCAACUGGGCCCUGGACCCCGCCAAGAUGAACCGGGGCAUUUUCGUGUCCCGCGGCAGCCCCAGCCAGAGGGAGCUCAUCGAGAGCGCCCGGGGGAUCUGUGCAUCUGAGCCCCUUGUGCAAGAGAGAAUCCAAGGGUACUUCCGGCCCUUGGCCAGCGCCUACGAGGCGGUGUGCGCGAAGCAGGACAAGGAGUUCUUUGGGCUCCGAGACUACUACAGCCUCAUCAAAAUGGUCUUUGCCGCCGCAAAAGCUUCUAACAGGACGCUCUUCCCGCAAGAUAUUGCACAGGCCAUCCUUCGGAACUUCAGUGGCAAAGACGAGAUCCACGCCCUGGACAUUUUCUCUGACCACUUGCCCGAGGUGAAGCUCACCACGGAGGUCAGCACCCUGCAGCUGAUCCAGCAGAACCUGUUCGGUGACCUUCCAAGGGCGCCAGGCACGGGGCCAGAGGACUCGGAGUCCCGCUACCUGCUGGUGCUGACCAGGAACUACGUGGCCCUGCAGAUCCUGCAGCGGACGCUCUUCGCCAAGGACCAGCAGCCCGAGAUCAUCUUUGGGUCCAGCUUCCCGCAGGACCAGGAGUACACACAGAUCUGCAGAAACAUCAACCGCGUGAAGAUCUGCAUGGAGACGGGCAAGAUGGUGGUGCUGCUCAACCUGCAGAACCUCUAUGAGAGCCUCUACGACGCCCUCAACCAGUACUACGUCUACCUCGGGGGCCAGAAGUACGUGGACCUUGGCCUGGGGACCCACCGGGUCAAGUGCCGGGUGCACCCCGACUUCCGCCUCAUCGUCAUUGAGGAGAAAGACGUCGUCUGCAAGCACUUCCCCACUCCCCUCAUCAACCGGCUGGAGAAGCACUACCUGGACCUCAACACUGUCCUGGAGAAGUGGCAGAAGGACCUUGUGGAGGAGCUCAAGGCCUGGGUGGACAAAUUCAUCGACUUCAAGGCAGUGCAGGUUUCCACCCGGCACACCCGGUACAGCCCUCCUGACGUCUUCAUCGGCUACCACGCAGACACCUGUGCCUCGGUGGUGCUCCAGGUCAUCGAGAGGGUUGGGCCUGGGGCCCCGAGCCACGAGUGUUACCAUAAGGUCCUGGAGGACGCCAAGCUGGUGCUGCUGGACUGUGCCACACCCGAUGCUGUGGUCCGGCUCAGCACCUCCCCCCUGGGCCAGUUUGCUGCACAGUCCCUGUCCCGAGAAUACUAUUAUGGGCAGCAGCACAACUCCUUUGCAGACUUCCUGCAGGCUCACCUCCGUGGGCCGAGUCCGGAGCGCCACGUCUUCUUCACAGAGAUUACUACUUUCUCCAGACUGCUCACCAGUCACGACUGUGAGAUGUUGGAAUCAGAAGUGAACGACAGGGCUCUGAAACCCAUGAUCCUGUCACUGCAGCAGUUUGACACCGAGCACUCAUUCCUCAAAGAAGUUCGAAACUGUUUGACAAGCACAGCCACACGUAAGAUCCUCAUCAUCCAGACAGAUUUUGAGGACGGUGUUCACAGUGCUCAGCUCAUCGCCUCGGCUAAGUAUUCUGCUAUCAAUGAAAUCAACAAGAUACAAGGAAAUAAGGCCUGCAUCUUCGUCUAUUUCAUCACAAAACUGUCCCGGAUGGAAAGUGGAACGUCCUAUGUGGGAUUCCACGGAGGGCUGUGGCGGUCCGUGCACAUCGAUGACCUCCGGAGAUCCACGACCAUGAUCUCAGACGUGAUGCAGCUGCAGGAUGUGACCAUCAGCCAGCUAUUUGACCCUGAGUCCGAGGUGGGAUGCGAGGCCAGACAUGGCCAAGAGGAGGCGAUGGGAGUGGAGACCAAUGAACCCAGGCCCACGGCUGCUGUGGACAUGGAGACAGUGGACAUGGAGAUGGACAGUCCAAAGGCCCGGAGAGGCCACACACGGGCCCUGGACUGUGACAGCCUUCUGCGCAGCUGCAUCCAGAGCGCGGUGGGCCUCCUGCGGGACCCAAGCGAGCACAGCCAGCGCAACGUGAGGCGCGUGGAGAUCCUGCUCGGCCUCCUCAGUGAGGACGCAGACAACGCGUGCAAAGCUUCCUUCUCACGGGUGGCCAAGGUGCGCAUCCAUGACCUGCUGCGGCAGCAGGAGGAGAGCUGUGUGUUCAGCAGGAAGGAGUGGGUUGUACAGGAGGCCUCCAACCCUGACGCCCUGCAGGAGGCAGGCACCUUCAGGCACGCCCUCUGGAAGCGGAUCCAGGGAGUGGUGACCCCUCUCCUGGCCAGCAUGGUGUCCGUCAUCGACAGAGACAGCAACCUGGAGCUGCUGGCCAAGCCUGACGCUCCAGCCUGGACACAAGAGCUUUGGAUGUUUAUUUUCAGUGAUGUUAAGCUGCUGAACAUCCCUCUCGUCACGAAGGAUGCCAGGUCCAAGAGCGACAUGGCCCACAUCCUGGUGCAGAGCCACACACACGGCCUGGAGGAGGCCUGCGGCGCCGUCCCUUUCAGCUGGCGCAUCCGGGACUAUGUGGAGGAGCUGUGGGUGCAGGCACAGUACAUCUCCAAGGCCACAGGGAAGCUGGUGGAGAUCUUCCCACAGACCCCGCUGGGCCGCUUCCUCGCCCGGCUGCGUGGAGAGGAGCGGCAGGAGCUGCUGCGGUCCUACCUGAGGGACUUCCUGCUCCUGACCAUGCAGGUGUCCACGUGGCCAGAACUGGAGUUCCUGCAGAUGGCUCUGUGGUCCUGCGUCCAACAGCUGAGGGUGGGGAGCCCUGAGCAGGAGCUCUCCCUCCCGUGGGUGCACUGGGCCUACCAACAUUUCAGGGUCCGGCUCCAGAACUUCUCCAGAAUCUUGACUAUCCACCCCCCAGUUCUAGACAGCCUGGCAGCAGCUGCCCAGAGCCAGGAUUUGGCUGGACCUGAGAUGACCCUGGACGCCUGGGCAGCCAUGGCCUGCACAGAGCUGCUGACCAGGGACCUCCUGAAGCCCAGCCCCCAGGCGUGGCUGCGGGCGGUGAAGAGCCUGGCAGUGCCCCUGCAGCUGCUCUGCUCUGAGGGCUACGUGCAGGGCCCGGGGAGCAGGGCCAGCGGCCUCAUCGGAGAAGUCAGAGGCCAGUGGACUCGCAUCUUCUCUGUUGCGCUCUUCGUGGAGCACGUGCUCCUGGGGACCGAGGGCCACUCUCCCGAGCUGCACACACUGCUGACCGAUUAUGUCUUCUCUCUGGACAAGUGUCUGCAGGAGAACUCAGACAUCAAGACCCUCCGCCCGUUCUCGGCGGUGAUGGCCACUCUCCGUGAGUGUAAGGACCGGGCCAGCAAGACCUUCACCCGGUUCGGGGUCCAGUCAUGCCCCGUCUGCCUGGGUGACCCACACAGCCCGGUCUGCCUGCCCUGCGACCACGUGUUCUGCCUGGACUGCAUCAGGCAGAGUCUCACCCCUGGGCAGAUGACCUGCCCCCUGUGCCGGACGGAGCUGCCCGACAGCUUCUCCCCCAAGGUUUCCAAGGAGACAAGGGUUGCCAUCGAGCAGCACGCCCGCUUCCGCCACUUAUGCACCAGCUUCUUCGUGGACCUGGUAUCCACCCUGUGCUUCAAAGACAACUGCCCCCCAAGCAGGGACGUGGUCCAGGAACUGCUGUCCCUGCUCUUCGUGGAGAAGGCACUGCUCAGAGAUGCACCCCAGAGGCACUGUGAACACACCAAGUCCCUGUCCCCGUUUGACGACAUCGUGGACAAGACGCCCGUCAUCCGCUCGGUGGUCCUGAAACUGCUCCUGAAGUACAGCUUCCCUGAGGUGAAGGACUGCAUUCAGGACCACCUAUCCCAGCUGGAGCAGAAGCCGUUCCUGGCUGAGGAUAAGACGGAGCUCUACGUGCUCUUCAGCAGCUGCCUGGAGGAUUCGAUCCAUGAGAAGAACAGCGCGCUCCCUGCCCAGGGUGACUCCACUUACCUCCAGGAGGACAGCCAGUUCCUUGGGGCGUGUCUGCCCAGGUGCAGUAGGGACCCUGGCCUGGAGGCCUCUAUUGAGUACCUCCAGGAGACAGCCCGGAUCCGCCUCUGCCUAGACCGGGCCUGCGAGGUCCUCUCCAAGCUGCAGGAAGGCUCAGAGCUGGCGGAGGAGCAGCGGCAGUUCCUGCGGCAGGUGGAGCGCUUCUGCACGCAGAGCGGGAAUGACUGGUACCGCGUGUACCUGGUGCGCAGGCUUGUGAGCCGCCAGGGCAUGGAGUUUGUGCAGAGCUUCCUGCAGCCCGGCCACCCCGCCCAGUGGGUGUUCCCCCAGGAAGUCCAGGCGCAGCAGAACCCUGUGCUCCCGGGAUUGCAGGAGGACCUUCUGGGCCAGAUGGACCGCUAUCUGGUGCAUGGGCAGGAGUACAAGGCUGUCCGUGAUGCAGUGGGCAAGGCCGUCCUGGAGUGCAAGCCCCAGGCCAUCGCGGCUGCCCUGGAGGCCUGCAGGGGCUCCCAGACUCACCAGGCCACAUACCUGCUGCUGGCGCUCUUCCGUGAGGUGACCACGCUGUACAGGUUCCAAAACACCCACCUGCAUCCCAAGCCGGAGGAACUCAAGGCCCUUGGCAAGUUCAUCGAAGAAAGCCAGACCCUGUCCCCAGACAUGAGAGAUUUUGCGACAGGCCUUGUGACCAACGCUCUGCCGCUGCUGAGGACCGCAGGGCCCGGAGACGGCGGCCUGGUGGGCAUGGUGACUGAGCUGGCCGUUCACACCGCCAUCACCCUCCUCUGCGGGCAGCACAGGGUCUUGGAGCCCCUCAGGAACUUGGCCUUCUCCCCAGACACCAUGGCGAGGGCAUUUCUCCCGACGAUGCCCCAGGACAUGCUGGCGCAGGCCAGGAGCUGGAAGGGUCUGGAACGUGUCCAGUGGUACACAUGUCCUAGAGGUCACCUGUGCUGUGUUGGGGAGUGCGGCCGACCCAUGGAGCAGAGUUCCUGUAUCGACUGCGGUGCGCCUGUCGGAGGGCAGAACCACAAGCCCAACGAAGGAUUCACGGGAGUCCAAAACACGGCAGACAGAACACAGACUGGCCACGUGCUGGGAAGCCCACCCCCCAGUGAUGAGGCGGUGCUUUCUGACCGAGAGCUGUCCCCGGUGGUCUUUCUUCUCGCCCGGCUCCUCACUCACCUGGCUAUGCUUUUGGGUGCGGCCCACAGCCCCAAGGCUCUGAUUGACAUCAUCAAGCCCGCAGUGAGGGAUCCAGGUGCGUUCCUCCAGCAGCACAUCCAGAGGGACCUGCAGCAGCUGAUGAAGAUGCUGGGCAAGAGCGCUGAUGAUACGGCCCAGGUGGCGCACCUCGUCCUGUGCAUCCUGUUCAAGCAGCAGCCCCUCUCCCCCCAGAGGUUUUUCAAGUUUAAUGAAAACUUGUCAACCAAAGAAGAGAGAGAUUCCUGGGAAAAACUCUUGGAGGCCAUCAUGCUGCCCGAACUGAAGCAUCUGGAUAAAACCCUCCUAGAGGUGAACAAUCUCAUCAGCCGCGACAAGCAUGUCCAAUCCAACCCGGUGGCCAGGAUCGUGUUCGAGGACCCGGCCACCUUCCUGCGCAGCCUGCCCCGGGGCAGCGCAGUCCACUGCUCAAAGAUGUGGAGCUGCCGCACCAGGAUCACCGUGGAGCACCUCCGGCACGUCGUGGAGCAGAAAAACGGCCAGGAGGCCGUGCCAGUCCUCUGGAGGUUCCUGCAGAAGGAAGCAGAGCUGAGACUGGUGAAGUUCUUGCCUGAGAUUCUGGCCCUGCAGAAGGAUCUGGUGAAACGGUUCCAGAAUGUUCCAGAAGCUGAGUACCAGUCCAUCAGAAGUUUCAUUGACAGUCACAGCUCAGGGGGCCUGAAGCAGCUGCUCCACAGCCGCAUCACGGUGUUUCUGUCCACGUGGAACAAGCUGAGGAGGUCUCUGGAGACUCGUGGGGAGAUCAAGCUGCCUGCCGACUACUGCUGUGCCGACCGGGACCUGGACACGGAGUUCGAGGUCAUUCUGCCCCGUCGCCAGGGCCUGGGCCUCUGCGCCACAGCCCUGGUCAGCUACCUGAUCAGCCUGCACAACGAGAUGGUCUAUGCGGUGGAGAAGUUCUCCAAGGAGGAGCACAGCUACUCCGUGGACGCCUCCGAGGUGGCCGACCUGCACGUCAUCAGCUACGAGGUGGAGCGGGACCUGUUGCCGCUGAUCCUCUCCAACUGCCAGUACCAAGUGGUGCAGGGCGCCGAGAGCCUGCAGGAGCUGGACCUGGAGCGGAUCCAGCGCCAGGUCAUCGGCCGCUUCCUCCAGGGCAAACCCAGGCUGAGACUUAGGGGCCUCCCCACGCUGGUGUACAGGCAAGACUGGAACUAUGAGCACCUGUUCGCCGCCAUCAGGAGCAGGAUGCCCCAGAGCCCCCUCUCCCACGCGGCCACCAGCGCCCUGGGCAGGCAGCUGCAGUCCCACAGCGACACCUGCGAAGCUCUGUCCCUCGUGGAAGUCACGCUGGGGUUUCUGAGCACAGCGGGCGAGGACCCCAACAUGGACCUGAACGUGUACCUGCAGGACAAGCUGCGCAUGGGCGACCAGACCGAGCAGGUGGUCAAGGCCUUACACCGAUGUCAGCUCCAGCACAUCAUCGCCCUCUGGCAGCUCCUCUCAGCCCACAAGUCUGAGCAGCUGCUGCGCCUGCAGAAAGAGCCCUUCAGGAAGAUCAGUGCCAAGUACAGAGUGGAACUCAGCCCGGAACUCGCCAAGCAACUGCGCACGUUCCUGAACCAGAGCUCCCUGGACACCUUCCUCCUGGAGCUCCACGAAAUGAUCCUCUUGAAACUGAAGAACUCCCAAACCGAGGUCGACUUCAAACCCGAAUGGAGCCUGAGAGACACUCUAGUCAGUUGCAUGGAGCGUAAAGAUGGUGACAUUCCCCCCGAGAUGGAGUCUCUCUUCCCGGAGGAGAUACUGCUCUGCCACUGCGUCUCCGCGUGGAAAACAGCAGCCAUGCUGAAAUGGGCACGACAGACAAGAUAG